CCCCACUCAACGCCACCGCCCAGCCACCGCUGCCCGCGACAGACACGUCCCCGACUCGCGACCUCCCGCCCGUCGCUUUUUCGUACAGAGUCCUUCGCUUGCAGCAUAGUAUUUUUGCCGCACGUAACUGAACAGGAUGGUGCGCGCACACAUGAAGCAGACGCCGGACGAGAAGAAAGAAACACACAAGAAGAAGACACCCGUCAAGAAGAAGGUAGAGACCGGAUCAUGGCCCUGCAAGAUGAACGGCUGCAACAAGGUCUUCGCUCGCGAGGCCGACCUCAAGCGACAUCAGCGGACGACAAAGACCCACUCCAUGCCUGGCUUUGCAUGCCCUCAGUGUGACGCGACGUUCACGAGAACCGAUGCGCUCCGUCGGCAUCAGAAAUCACGGCAUAAUGGCAUCGUUAUGGCCCCAGUUGAGCAGGACAAAUUCCAUAGCAUCGUAGACAACGACGCCGAAUCCUGUGGUUCUCGGUCUCGCAGCGUCACGCCUUCGAAGGAAGGCGAAGGCAGUAGCGCGAAUGGCUCUCCACCGCAAGCCGUUGCACAACCUGGCACCUCUGGACCUGGCAGUUACUAUCGCUCACACACUAUGAACCAAAGCUACAUACCGCCCCGGUCACAUUCCGGCAUGGUGAUGGAUCCUCAUUAUUCACAAUCUAUUGGCCCACCUACCUCUGCCGCAAGGCUUCACCAGGCUACCUGGUCAGGACCGCCGCCGCCCUGGGCGGAGGCUCCCCCGCCUCCAGGUCAUCCUAUGUAUCACAUGCCUCCGCCUGGCUACUAUCCUCCCCACUACCGGUAUGCUCCUCCUGGGAUGCCAAUGCCGCCUCACAUGCAUCCGGGCAUGCCUCCGGAGUACAUGGGUCACCCACCGUACGGUGCUCCCUACCCUCCACCACACCCAGGCGCUGCACCGCCGCAGCCCAACGGCAGCGCCUCACCGCCACACCGAGAGAAGGACGACGCCGAAUCUGAAGACGCUGAGAUGGAGGAGGGGUCUUCCCGCGGUUCGCCGGCCAUUGAUCCGUCGCUCGAGCAGCCUGCCCAAGCCCUGCACCCGAGCUCGAUACAAGGUGGCCAGCAGGAGCCUCCAUCCGCCGAAGCAAGCGGGGCCUCGUUGGGGAUCUCCCACGCCGAGGCUGAGGCAGCCGUUAAGGCCGUCCUGGCCCUGCAGAAAGCCGGGUCGGGCGGACCAGCAGCGCCUGACGCUGAGCCAAAGCAAGCCCAAUCGCCAAUCGCGUCGCAGCCGGCUGCAAAGCCUGAAGUGUCCGAACAAUCAAGCGAACAACAAGCGUCUCCUGUCAGUGCGCCGGACGCCUCUGCUGAUGUCGACGUGGAUGCUGAUGCCGAUGGUGAAGCCGAUGGUGACGGAGAGGAAGUGAAGAGCGACAUGGCCGACGAUGCACCCGCAACGAAUGCACUGGCUGUACCGCAACAGGGCGAGAUCGUGACGGAGGACGGCGUGGCCAUGUUAAAUCCAGGUGUGUUUUUCCGUGCGCUAUUGAUAGGCACUCAUGUCGCUAACAUUCCUACGGUGCGUGGCAGCGGAGCUGUUGACGCAGGUUGGUGGCCGCCCUUCAUCUGAGCUGGCUGUUCUGUGUUGACCUGUCUCACAGGAGUCCCUGGCCUCGCCGCCGCCAUGAUCACAAAGCACGCGUGAUGGGUGAUAUACCGCGAUAACAUUCGAAGUUCGGGAUCAUAACUAAUUUUUUAUGUUGUACUGUACCUUGUGGUUGU